AUGGCUACCACUAGCUGGAAUGCGCUUAUGCGGCUCUCUCAGUCUCAAACGGAGCAAUCCCAGCAGGGCAUCAAGGACGCCCUCGCAGAGCGCGAGCGCAAGGAGGCGCAGCGGCGCAAGGCGAUUGAGGAGAAGGAGCGCAGGGAUCGUGAGCUCGAGACCAAACUUCGCCUCAAGCGUCUCGAGGAGCAGAAGCGCGAACAGGAGCGGGUGGAGCGGAUGGCGCGCGAGCGGGAGGCCAGGGAGAAGGAGGCCAAGGCCCGCGAGGAGUCGGAGCGCGAUGCGAUGAGGUACGGGCCCCGGAAGGGCAAGGACGGAUAUCCCCUCUCAGGCGCGGCGAAGCGGCGGCACUCGGGGCUGGACGACGAUGAGUCACCCUCUGGUUUCGGGAUGCUCACCCGCGAGGAGAAGCGGCAGCGUCGGCUUGACUCUGAGCUCCGUGGAAGCAAAGCUGCGGCGAAGAGGACCGGUGGUGGAGGACACACCAAGGCAGGGCGACGAGUAUUGCCGGGUGGCGCGGUCGACGUUAUGAAGACCCCGUCGUCGUCUUCGGCGGCGUCGCCGGACAAGAACAUCAAGAAACGGCUCUUCGCGGAGGCGAGCAUGCUCAUCAAGCUCAACACCAACAAACGUGACACCCGUACCAUCGACGAGAUUGUCACCGACCGUGCCAAGAUGCGCCAAACCAAGGUCCUCGACGGUGACUCAGCGAAGGAGUUCAACGAUUGGUUUGGCAAGUCGAAGAAGGAGCCGCCGCCCAAGAAAGCGUCCACCUCUGCGUCCACCUCCCGAGCCAACACUCCCGCCGCCAUCGGUCCGUCUGCCACCAGCCAACCCAAGGCCACCGCCGGCUCUGCAUCACCAAGUACAUUCUCCUUGAAGGCCCCAUCGUCCCAGAAACCCCCUCCCCCCAGAGCGUCAUCGUCUCAGAAACCACCCCCUUCCAAGUCUGGUCUCAGCUCAUCCAUGAAAGCCAUGGCCGUGUCCAAACCCAAACACCCCAGCGGCAAAACUACGUCUUCUGCCAACGGUGUUCGUCCCUUGGCAUCUUCCAAGGCAUCUUCGUCGGCCCGCGACAAACCUCCGCCGGCGAAGAAACAGCGCCGCGAGUUGUCCUUGAGUCCCUCUCCGCCUCCUGCCCGACGACGCCCUGCGCCGAAUCGCGGGGAAGAUGACAACGACAUCAGUAAAACGAUCUGGAAGUUGUUUGGCAAGGACCGGGCGCAAUACAUGGAUAACGACGUAUACAGCGAUGACGAAGACAUGGAGGCGGACGCGUUCUCCGUAGAGCAAGAGGAACUCCGAAGCGCGCGCUUCGCCAAGAAGGAGGACGAGCUUGCGCUAGAAGAGGAACGCCGCCGCGAGGAGGAGAAACGGCGGCGCAAGAAGGAGAAGGAGAAGCGCGGCCACUAUUAA